AUGGGUUUGCAGGAGGAUUUUGAGGAGCAUGCUGCCAAAGUCAAGACUCUAAAAGAGAGUCCAUCAAAUGAAACUUGCUUAUCCUUUAUGGAUUAUACAAGCAAGCCACUGUUGGACCUGUUACCACCGCUCGUCCUGGAAUUCUCAGCCAGAAGGACAGAGCCAAAUGGGAUGCAUGGAAGGCAGUUGAAGGAAAAUCCAAGGAUGAAGCAACGAGUGAUUACAUCACUAAGCUUCCUCUUCUCUCCCCAACAACCUCGUCUCAAUUCUGCGACAAACACCCUUAACCACUAUCAUCACCGUCCCGAGUCUCCUCAUCAUUCCGCUCUUCAUCUCCAUCACUCCAUUUCCAACACCCAAUCAUCAAUCUUCGCCAUCCUAACUCCAAACCCAUUUCGUCCUCUGCUGCACAGGCCACGCUCCAACUUGCUCACGAGCCACCAUCCAAUCUCUCUCUCUCUCGAACCCCUCUACUAUCUUCUCUCAAACCCAUCGCCACGGUAA